GGCACACACCGAGCGCCGGAGGCUCCGCCGCGCCGCCUGCCAACCCGGGAUCUACCUCCGUGCUUUUUGAGCCCCGGCUUUUUUUUUUUUUUCCCUCUCCCCGCCGCCCGUCUUCCUCAAGCUUGGAAAAUUCUUGGGGCGCUGGGGGAAUUUGGGAUUUUUUUCUAAGGGGGGGUGUCUGGGCAUCUACCCCCCGCGCCCGCUGCCGUGCUCCACCUGCCCUUGCGCCUUUUUUCUUCUUUUCCCCUGUCUGUCUCUCCGCUAAACCCGGGCUGAUGUGCUGUGCGAGAGGCUGGAAAUGGAAGUGUUGAUGCUCUGGCUUUUCCCCUGGAUAUUUCAGUGCGUUUCGGUGCGGGCGGACUCCAUCAUCCACAUUGGUGCCAUUUUCGAAGGCAAUGCUGCCAAAGACGACGAGGUGUUCAAGCAGGCGGUGUCGGAUCUGAACCUCAAUGACGACAUCCUCCAGAGCGAGAAAAUCACUUACUCCAUCAAGCUCAUAGAGGCCAACAACCCCUUCCAUGCGGUGCAGGAAGCCUGUGACCUGAUGACCCUGGGGAUCUUAGCCUUAGUGACGUCCACUGGUUGUGCCUCGGCCAACGCCCUGCAGUCCCUGACAGAUGCCAUGCACAUCCCACACCUUUUUGUACAGCGCAACACGGGAGGCUCCCCACGCACAGCCUGCCACCUGAACCCCAGCCUGGAGGAAGAGGAGUACACGCUGGCCGCCCGACCACCGGUCCGCCUCAAUGAUGUUAUGCUGAAACUGGUCACAGAGCUGCGGUGGCAGAAAUUCAUAGUAUUUUAUGACAGCGAUUAUGAUAUACGCGGACUGCAGGGAUUUCUCGAUCAGGCCUCAAGACUGGGACUUGAUGUAUCAUUACAAAAAGUGGACAGGAACAUCAGCAGAGUCUUUGCCAACCUUUUCACUACCAUGAAAACAGAAGAGCUGAACCGCUAUCGGGACACACUGCGAAGGGCUAUCUUACUUCUAAGCCCACGGGGAGCCCAGACUUUUAUUAAUGAGGCUGUGGAAACCAACCUUGCAUCAAAGGAUAGUCACUGGGUCUAUGUAAAUGAGGAAAUCACUGAUAAUGAAAUAUUAGAGUUGGUACAUAGUGCUCUGGGGAGGAUGACAGUUAUCCGGCAAAUUUUCCCUCUCUCAAGGGACAACAAUCAGAGGUGCAUGAGGAACAAUCACCGAAUAUCUUCACUGCUGUGUGAUCCACAAGAAGGCUAUCUUCAGAUGCUGCAGGUUUCCAACCUGUACCUGUAUGACAGUGUGCUCAUGCUGGCCAAUGCUUUCCACAGAAAACUGGAGGACAGGAAGUGGCACAGCAUGGCAAGUCUGAACUGCAUGAGGAAAUCCACCAAACCUUGGAAUGGAGGACGAUCCAUGCUAGAGACUAUUAAGAAGGGCCAUAUAACUGGGCUUACUGGUGUUAUGGAGUUCAGAGAAGAUGGCGCCAACCCCUAUGUUCAAUUUGAAAUACUGGGCACUAGCUACAGCGAAACAUUUGGCAAAGAUGUGCGGAGGUUGGCAACGUGGGACUCUGAGAAAGGACUGAAUGGUAGCCUACAAGAACGACGUCUGGGCAAUGACUUACAAGGAUUGACACUCAAAGUGGUGACUGUCUUGGAAGAACCUUUUGUGAUGGUGGCAGAGAACAUACUUGGGCAACCAAAACGAUAUAAAGGAUUUUCCAUUGAUGUCCUGGAUGCACUUGCCAAGAAUCUGGGCUUCAAGUAUGAGAUAUAUCAAGCUCCUGAUGGCAAAUAUGGACAGCAGCUCCAAAACAGCUCCUGGAAUGGCAUGAUUGGAGAACUCAUUAACAAGAGAGCAGACCUAGCCAUCUCAGCCAUCACUAUAACACCAGAACGAGAGAGCGUUGUGGACUUCAGCAAACGGUACAUGGACUAUUCCGUGGGGAUCUUAAUCAAAAAGCCCGAAGAGAAAAUCAACAUCUUCUCUCUCUUUGCUCCUUUCGACUUUGCGGUGUGGGCUUGCAUUGCUGCAGCCAUCCCUAUAGUUGGUGUCUUGAUAUUUGUCUUGAACCGGAUCCAGGCAGUCAGGGCGCAGAACGCUUCCCAGCCAAGCCCUUCUGCUUCCUCCACCCUUCACAGUGCCAUCUGGGUUGUGUACGGCGCUUUUGUUCAGCAAGGGGGCGAAUCUACUGUCAAUUCUGUGGCUAUGCGCAUUGUAAUGGGAAGCUGGUGGCUCUUCACCCUUAUCGUGUGCUCUUCCUACACAGCAAACUUAGCAGCAUUUCUCACAGUAUCAAGGAUGGAUAAUCCCAUAAGAACAUUUCAGGAUCUGUCCAAACAAAUGGAUAUAUCUUACGGUACAGUCAGGGAUUCAGCAGUGUAUGAAUACUUUAAAGCAAAAGGGACCAACCCUUUGGAGCAGGAUAACACAUUUGCUGAACUGUGGAGGACUAUCAGUAAGAAUAAUGGGGCAGAUAAUUGUGUAUCGAACCCUUCUGAAGGCAUCAGGAAGGCAAAGAAAGGAAACUAUGCUUUCCUGUGGGAUGUGACGGUGGUGGAAUACGCCGCGCUGACGGAUGACGAAUGCUCUGUGACAGUCAUUGGAAACAGCAUCAGCAGCAAAGGAUACGGGAUAGCACUCCAGCAUGGAAGCCCCUACAGAGAUCUUUUCUCCCAGAGGAUCCUAGAGUUGCAAGAAAGCGGAGAUUUGGAUGUUCUUAAACAGAAAUGGUGGCCACGGAUGGGACGUUGUGACCUGAAUAGCCAUACCAAUGCACAGACAGAUGGGAAGGCACUCAAGCUUCACAGUUUUGCAGGCGUUUUCUGCAUUUUAGCAAUAGGCCUUCUUCUUGCAUGCUUGGUGGCAGCAUUGGAGUUGUGGUGGAACAGCAACCGUUGUCAUCAAGAAACACCGAAAGAGAUACAGCAUGGGCAGCAGCAGUGCAAACUUCCCCACAUUGCCCCACCAAUGUGCCUCAACCCUGACCUGGAGAGACCACCUUUAGGGAUGGCCAAUGAUGUGAGGUUGGGCCUCAGAAGCAUGGACAAAGAAGUGAACCUGGAGCAGGUCCACAGACGCAUGAACAGUUUAAUUGAUGAAGACAUAGCCCACAAGCAAAUCUCUCCAGCGUCCAUUGAAAUCUCAGCCUUGGAGAUUGGUGGCAUGCAGCCAGCUCAGACCCUGGAGCCGGUACGCGAAUACCAGAACACGCAACUUUCUGUCACCACCUUUUUACCAGAACAGACAACUCAUGGUGCCAGCAGGACACUCACAGCUGCCUCUGGCAGCAACCUGCCGCUGCCCCUGAGCAGCUCAGCCACCAUGCCCUCCAUACAGUGUAAACACAGGUCGCCAAAUGGAGGACUAUUUCGUCAGAGUCCUGUGAAAACCCCGAUCCCAAUGUCAUUUCAGUCUGUGCCAGGGGGAGUCAUUCCAGAAGCAAUGGAGCCCUCGCAUGGAACAUCCAUAUGAUGAAAACAAACAGUAAAACAACCAGCAGAGCUUUUUAAUACAAAAUUUAAAAGAAACAAAAAAAACAAAACAGACUCCUACAUUUUUCUUGUAUAUACCUGUAAAUAAUGAAAGAAUGAAGUGGGGUAAAAGUGUAUUUUGAAUAUUCCCAAUUUUCGAAGUCAGUAAAAAACAAAACAAAAAACAAACAAAAAUGUAUGAAUGACUUUGUAAAUUUUGUUCUAUAUGAAUAAAAAGGCAAACUACUUGUGAUCGUUCUCAAGUGCCAAAGAAGACCAGUUACUGGGACUGAGGGCCGUACAUUUUUUUCCCGUGGAUUUCAACACUUAUUCCCUUACUGUUCUUUUUUGUUGUUGUUUUUUAAGAGCAAAAGCAUUAUCUGUUUCUUGAUAGAAAAGUUCACCAUGCUCAGAUCUCUCCUUUCCCCUGAACCCUAUUUUAUAGUCAAGAUGGCAAUUCACUCGGAGAAUUUAACAGCUGGUAUUAGCAUAGUAGUAACAAAUGUGUUAAACAUGAAUUGUAACUAAAAUCCAACGAACAAGCAAACAAAAAAAGAGAACUUUUUCCUUCUAACAAGGUUUUAAACUUCCACACAGUUUCUAAGUUUAAGCACAGGUUUAUCGAAUUGGGUUUUUACGUGUGUGCUGCGCUGUGUGGCUCUUUUAUUUAACCUUCUCUGUUUUGUUAUAUAUAUGUAAUAGAUAUUAUAUAUAUAUUAUAUAUAUGACAUAUAUAUUAUAUAUAUAAAUGCUUUGAUAAACAAAAGGGUUUAGGUUAAGGAGAAAGCUUUUAAGAAAAACUGUUCAGCUCUUUUUUGUGUCUUGUGUACACGACUGAAAACGGGGAGGAACCAAUGCUGAAAGGAGUGAGACAAUGAAGAGCUUUAAUGGGCAGGAGUUAAUGGUGUUGCAGUGACUGUGCCCUCUGGUGCCAUCUCUUUCUUUAAGAUUUCAAGGAAUUUGCUGCAUAAUGGAUGCAACACGCUCUGUUGAAGUCAUAUCCCUGAAUGACAAGGCUAAGCUCAUGACUAUAAGCACAGGUCUGCUAUUUUUCCAUUGAUUUUGUAAAGAGAAACAUUUUAAUGGCCAUGUCUAUAAUCUUGGUAGAAAUGGCUGUAAAAUGCCUUUUUUUUUGUCUGUGAAACACAAAGAGAGGACAAAGAUAGAGCAACACGAAUAGCAAAUUUAAUGUCUCGUUCUGCAAAUAUUACCAGUGCAAUUUCAUAUGACAAAAAAAUCAAACCAAAACCAAACCACAUUGUUUCCUUCCCAAAUAGUAGUUUGAAUGCCCAAGAUAACUGAUCUGCUACCCCCCCCCCCCGCCCACUGUUGCUAAUGGACCAUCACUAUCUUUCAGAAUUGGGAUGACUUAGUCUUCUCAAAUGUAAGCCUAUAGCUAGGUUGUAAUUUCCCUUUGUAGCUGGAUUUCUUCACUUUGUUAGAACACUGCUAUUUGGAAAAAGCUGUAGAUCUUGGUGCAGCAAAAUCACUGCCUACAUGAAGGUCAAAAAUUAUGUUUGAACAGAGGUAAAAAUGCAUUCACAUCCCAAGAAAGUCAGCAGGCAAUCUGGGUCAAGUUUUUGGAUAAAUAAACAUUCCAUUGACGGCUCCUAAUUUGAUUUGCAUAAUUAUGCAACAGGUAUAUUUAUGGGAUGAUAAAAGUCCCCAAAUUUUUACAUUUCUAGUUUAAGCAGUUGGGAAGAAAAGUCAAACUGUGAUACAUAAACAGCCUAAUGGAAGAGCAUGCUCAGCAUACUACUUUUUAAAUGAGGAAUAUUGAUGGUGAGCUUACAGAAGGAGUACUCUUGCAGGGAUUAAUUUGUCUCUGUUGUCAAGCUGGUUCCUUGUGAAGACAGUGCAAUUUUGCAGCUUGGCACAAAUUGCACUAUUUGCUUCAAACUAAUUAAAAAUGAAUAAUGCUCUAGUCAGCUGACUAGAUUUAUCGUGUUUAGAGACUUGGCCCACACAAGCUUGGGAUAUUUUUUUUUCUUCUUUCGUCGUACUUUUCCUUAUCAUUAUCUUAACAAACCCAAGGCCACAGGAAAAAAUAGACAUUUCUUCCCCUUAUUUUUUCCCACCUUCCAUGAAUACACUAACUAGUUGUGGCAGAAACAGCUGCACAAAAAGACUACGCACACCUAGGUAUCUGUAAAGGCACUUAGGAGAAAGCGCGCAACUAUUUGCAUUGGAAAAAAUCUCUCAUUUUUAUUACCAGUUUAAGAUUUAGGCAGCUGCAGAGGAACAUGCUCCAGCAGAGGUGCAAGGAGAUGCUUGUGUAGCUACAAGGGUGCAAUCUGCAAGGUAGGGCUUGGCUGGAGUGGGUACUCCCUCCCCAGCAGUACCAGAGUGAGGAGGCCAUCGCCCCUAGUGCUGAGCAUCCCCCAGAGCACAGGUGGGUGAGCAGCUCACUCAGCAUGAGGCAGUUGCCCAGCCACAUCCUCCCUUCUGGAUGGUGAAGGGCUGGGGUGAGCUGGUGGUGCGUGGCAGUGUAGCCACUGCUACUGGCUCUGCAUUAAUGUUGUAGCAAACAAGCUUGUCAGAGGUUGUCUGAGCUGCUCCCUUGCCAUUUCCCCACAAAGCAUGCUAUUUAUUUGCUUCAGCAAAGCUCAGAGCAGGAGAUUGAAACCCUCCUUUACUGAGGCAUCAUUGCUUUCACAAAACUUAUUAGAUCAUUUUCGUAUUAUAGUCUAAACCACUGUACUGAAUAAUUUAAACUGAACUGCAUUGGUGGAAUAAAUUGUGAAUACAGUAUAUUUGGGGGAUUAACUUUAACAUUCUCCAUAUUCAGUGUUCUUCUCCUGGCUUAGUCUUGCCGCAUACUGUAAAGUUUGGAAGUGUGGUUUAACUUACAAUGUUGGAUCUCACUGAUUCUCAUGGACAGAAUAUGACUUGCCUGUUUGAAUGCUCUGCAGGAUUACAUCUAAGAUGAUCAGGGUCUUAAAGAAUCAAACCACACAGUCCUCUCUCAGAAAAGUAUUUAAGCAUGUGUGUAAGCCCUAUAGAAAGCAGCUGCUUUAUGCACAGGUUGAAGUGCUUUGCUGGUUAACAACGGAGUUAAACUGCACGUCUCAAAUUAAAUAUAUGGCUAAUUUUAAGCAGAUGAGUGAGCUCACCAAACUCCCUAGGACUAUUCAGUUGCUUAAAGUUAACAGUUUCGAGUGCUUUCCUGCACCAGGGUCUAUACCAUAAAAGUAGGAAUCCACAAUGGAUCUGUCACUGUCUAGUAAUUAUUUGUUUAUAUAAAGUUAGCAAGUCAUAGCUUGAGCCUGUCAACCAUGACAGGAAGCUGUUAAAUCUUUCAUGUGAUGGUGGUUUGGUUUUAGAUUGUUUAAGCAAAUCACCAGGUUCUCCUUGAACAUAAACAAUGUUUUUUUCCCCAUAACUUUCAGUUUUCAAAGUAAAUGCAGAAUGUAUGAUUUCCAUAUUCUGUCUCCUGUUUUAUAUUUAUAUCUUCAUUUUGACAGAUCAAAGCAUUCGCUUUCUAUAUAACAUGUAUUCACCACACACUCGUGCAUAUAUAUAUACAUGUGCAGUUAUUCACAGAAGAAGUGAGAAAUAUAGUUUCUAUGUGAUGUAAAUGAGCAUAAGCUCAAAGCUCUCACAGAGCUGUGCUUAUUUACACCACCUGCAGAUUUGACCCUUCACUUUUAAUAUCUGGCAAGCUGAAGUACAAAAACUGGAGAAAUUCCUGAAAACUUUGAAGACCAAACUGUGCCCUUGAUUUUCAAAUGGAACUUCCCCUGAAUGUGCUUAAAAAAGGGAAUAAUGUACGAUCCCAAAUAUUCCAGCUUCUCCAGGAUGUUUACAUUGCAAAGGUGGCUGUACAUGAAAUGGAAAUCGAGUGCCUAUACCUUCCUUUUAUCGUGCUCUUUUGCUGAUGAACUUUCACCAAAGUGACAUCUGUGGCACAGCACUUGUAGUGUGUCUUGUCCUAUUGAUCCAUUAGUUUAGAAAUGACUUUAUUUUCAUACAAAAAUGUGACUCCGUUUCUUCUAUUUGCUUGCAAUCCACGGGCAAUCUGCUUGCAAUCUGAAGAAUGCAUUGCUUUUAUUUCUUAGUAUGUCAUGUUUUCCUAUUGCAAUGGAAAAAGAAUAAUUGUGCUUUUUAAUUUCAGAGUUGAAACUUGAUAGAACGUUUUUAUGCUGAGUUACAACUACAAGUGUGCAAUAUUUGUCUUGCAAAGUGAAAUUCCCAAUAUCUGCCUUGCUUUGAUAACCAUUGCUGCACUGUAGAUGAAGUCUCAGCCAAACAACUCACUUUCCUUUAGUCUGCUGAUAGAAUAAAACACUUAAACCUGGGUUCUCACCUGCGUAAAUCAGCAUCCCUCCAGUGAAAGGGUCAAGCAUACUGAGUUUCUGUAGGUGAGGAUUUGGCUCUUACUAUUGGGCUUGAGAGCACUGCUUCCCAUAAACCUGUAUUCAAUGAUAGCUCUGAAAAGGAAAACUUUUUGAGUCUGAAAAAUGAACCUCAAGGAGGAACAUUUAUUACCGUUUUGAGCACUUAACAUGGAUUUGAGUUUAAACUGUGUGCUGAAAUAGCUUAGAGAACAAAUUUCUUCUUAAAAUCUGUUCAAAUUUAGGUACACCUCUCCUCUAAGAAAGGUUAAAAGCUGUUGACUUGGUGGCAAAUGGAGCAUUCCUUUCAGAGGAAAUCAUGUUACUGGGACAGUACAGCAACCACAGUGCUCAGACCUUUUUAUUUUAUUUUGCUUUACUGACUUGAACUUACGUUGUGAGCAGCUAAAGAGUGACACAGAUCUAAACACAACACAUUUGGGGCACCCUGUUGGAAAUUUCCCAAAGAAUCCACAUCCUUUGGAAACCCUGGGAAAGGCAAGGAGAAAGUUAGAAGAAAACUCUGAAGAGAAGCAAAGUUAAAGGUAAAAAUGAAUAUGUGGUAAAGGGGAAGGGAGGAAAGGGUGGUUACAACUCAUAUGUCUAGCAAAGCUGUAUUACUUGUAUGAGAAGCCUAGAUUCCAUCACACAAGCAGUCACCUCAGUUAAUUAUUAUUUUUCUUAAUUUUUAGGAAACAAAUAAAAACAGUAUUUGUUCUACCAGAAACAGUUGUUAUAUUAUUUAAGAGUUGGAAUUAUUUGUUUGGUGAUGCCAGUUUUUUGGCUUGAUUCUCACUCAGCUGGGGAAAAUCAGUUUCAGUCAGUGAUUUGCACCUAAACCAGCUGUGGGCUGCUUGCUGGAUGAUACUCCCAGUGGUUGUUUAGGUCUGCAGCUGCAAAAAAUCAGCCUCACUCAGCUACUCAUAAACCUCUAACUGCUCUGGUUUGGGGUAAGAGUUAAGGCUUAGUGGUAUUAGCUGUAUAUGUCUUUGGAUUCCUGGAUAAGGAUACUGCUUUGCUAGUGCUUGUAUUGGAGGGAAGCAGCACAGAAACUUGGCUUCUCCAAGUUUGUGAGGUAACUAAAACCAGAAGUAAGUAACGUGUAAGGCUUCAGUUUCUUGCUGAGUUUUAUUUUCUCCUAAGUUUACUGUCAGGCUUAUUAGAGGGAUUUUUUAAUUUUAUUUUUUUUAAUUGCACAAUUACAGGGUACUGCUUGAAUUCCUUUGGUUUUUUUCCCCGCUUAAAUUGGUAUCAGAUAGCUUGCUUAGAAAUCAAUUAACGCUGGUGGUAACUUCAUGUCGUGUUUUAAUGGAGCACCACCAUAAGAAAGUUGUUUUGUCUUUUUUUUUUUAUUCCUUUUCUUGUAAGUCUCAUUGGAAGACGUCUUACCUCUGGGUAACUGUUCAAUUGUUCUAAUGCAAUUAUAAAGCUCUGUAGUUUUGAAGGUGUCAGGGUUUCUAUCUGUUCUGGUCUCUAUAUAACAUAAGGUGGCGAAAAUAAGUCCUUACAAUCAUAGAUAAAUACAGACAUGGAAAGUAGCAGGGUAGGGAAAAAACUUGAACAAAAAAGAAGAAAAUGUUUGCACGUCUUGCCAAAGCUUCAACUGCUUGGAUGACUGGCUGGGACAGAAAAUUAUUUCUGAAUAGUAUGUUACAUAUGACUGACUGUACCAUAGAAAUCAUCUGAAAUGUUUCUAGGUGGGAAACCACAAAGCACAGCUCAACAUGCCCCCAAGUUGUUUUCAAGAUAAUGAGCUUUUUUUUUUAUUGUUUUGUUAUAAUGUCAUAACUGAAGCUGUAUGUGACAGGAUAUGGAACCAGAGGUUUUAAAACAGCUUUAGUUAAUUAUCAGAUUGCUUUUAGGCUCUCAUUCUAAAAAGUCACUCACUAAAGGAAAUAUCUUUGAGAUUUUCUAUAUUUUAAUAUUAAUUUCUUUCCCUCUUGUAAAAUGUAUGUAUUUGUUUUCUGAUGGAAUUAUUUUUGAAGUGGUUAAGUAUAGCACAAAGAAGCCCAGCACUUCAGGUGAGAAUUGCAGCUAAAAGAACAAAAGAGCAUACAACCACAACAAUGAUCUGUGAAGAAGAGAGAUCCCAGAUUUAUGUAUUUUUUUUCUAUAUAUCAGCAGAAAAAACUUGACUUCUGUUUAAUGUACUUUUUAUAUGAUUUAUAUUGGAUCAAUCCCAUCAAAUUAAAUAUUUGCCAGAAGCAAAAUAUUCCAGCCCACCAAAGUGCUGAAAUGCAUAUUUGCAAAUAAAUCUAAGCAGACACUGGAAA